CAAAUGGACUGGGACUACUACUACUUUUCGUCGUUCGACAUGGCGUUCAACGCAAACGCGUCGAUCACUGACAACGUCGAGGAGCACUUUGGCCUCUUCUACGCCAACGGCACCAUGAAGCCGUGCUACGCCGAGCUCACGGUCUCGGGCGCGACGACCGUCGUGACCAAGGCGCCGUCGCAGCUCUCCAACGUCACCAUGACGCCGGUGCCCAACACAAUCCCCAAGAACAACAACGACGGCAUGGGCCCCAAGACAAACAACUCGACCAAGCCUACCGGCGCAACGUCGUCGCCCGGUGCCAACGCGUCGCCGAGCGCAGGCUCCAACUCGACGGGCUCUGGCAAGUCGAGUACCAAGUCGGCGGCAACGGGCGCCGCUCUCACAAGCCUCGUGACGAUGGCGAUCGCAUCCGUUAUUAUGAUGGCCAUGUAA